UUGAUUUGGGGUUUCACGUUCCUCACUCAUCUGAAGUUCUGAUUAUGCCCUAACUCGACAGCACUGCGCAGAGUAACCGCCAAAAGAAAUAAUAAUUAAAUUAUAAAACCAAUUCCAUCACUUUUACACUUCCCCAAACCCAUCCUCGUCACGAGCACAGCCACUGGAACAGGAACAUGGAGGGAAAUGCAACGUCGCAUGAUCUUGAGGAUGAAGAUGAAUAUGUUUUGCUUGACUUGGAUGCUGUUUCUGCCCUAAUUGAUUUUCCACCAAAUGCCAGCUAUGUUCUCAGUGGCCUUGAUACAUUAAACCCAGUAUUGAUCAUUGAUGACAAAUUCAAGCUGAUUGGGGAAUAUGAGGAGACUAUUGGCACAUGUCUUGCUUUUACAGAACAUGAUACCCCCGUUGUUCAUGAAGAGACGGGACCGUCUGAAGUGAACCUUUUCUCUGGAACAAGACUAAUUGAUUCAAGUCAACCUCCAACAAAGCAAGUGAAACCUGUGUGUCAGCUUCACAAGGUUCUCAAGUUUAAACUAUCACCUGAUUCUGAAAUUCAAAUUGCCGCAGCUGAGGAGGCCAAAUGAAUUUAAAUCAUAAUAUGAGAUCCAAUUGAACUUUUCUAGAUCAACUCGGAACAUUAACUAGGGAAUUGAUGCCAAUUGCGGGUACCUUGGCGAGCAAUGAGUUGCUGGUGAUUGUGUAGCACAGUAAUAGCUGGGUGGAGAACUUUUUCCUAGGAUUUUUUCCUAGAUAUGUACAGAGAACCUUUUCUAAUA